UAACAAUCUACAACCACCUACAGCACAUAACACCCUCUUCACGAGUUCCCUAAAGUCAUCGCCGAAAUCUCCAACCGUCGAUCUGCUUUCGCUCCGAUCGGACCUAACCUUUUCCGGCCACCGGCAAAUCCACCGUUUGCCGCCGUUAAAACUCACCGGAGGAUUUCAAACGCCGUUAAAAAUGUCGCUUACGAGUGUGAAAAUGGCGGAGGAUGUGUGGUUAACGUGCCUCACUCAUGCAUUGUCUACCGAAACUGAAGAAAUCAUGGGGCUUCUUCUCGGUGAUAUUCAGCAUUCGAAGAACGGUGUGACUGCUUUAAUUUGGGGAGCAUUGCCACAACCGCGGUCCGAUAGGCAGAAGGACCGUGUUGAGACGAACCCUGAGCAGUUGACCGCUGCAUCAGUUCAGGCUGAGAAAAUGACUGCUGAAACUGGAAGAACUACAAGAGUGAUUGGCUGGUAUCAUUCACAUCCUCAUAUUACCGUCCUUCCUUCUCAUGUUGAUGUACGGACUCAGGCUAUGUAUCAACUUCUAGAUUCUGGGUUUAUCGGAUUGAUUUUUUCAUGUUUCAAUGAAGAUCAACACAAGGUUGGAAGAAUACAAGUUACAGCAUUCCAGUCCCUAGAUGGAAAACAAAGUAACGCGUUACGAGCUGUUCCUGUAUCUCCUAUAAGUAAAAGUUCAGUUAUAGAUCUAGAGUCAUCGUUAAGCACAGAUAAUUCACUCACUACUUCUGGAUCAACAAGGGUAGAAGGUAUAGAACUUGACACUGGCGAUUCCAGAGCUGCUGCAGCUUCAAAGGGUGGAGUAAAGUCUUCUGCUCUAAAGGGGUUUUUUGCGAAUGCUGAUUCCAACUAUAGUGGAAGAAACUACCCUGCUAGCAACAUAGAAACUUCAAUAGUCGAUAUUGAUCCCAUGGAUAUGUCUGACAGUAUGCAAGAGGCCAUGCACCGUUCCAAUUUGGAAAUGAGCGGUGCAGAAUACGUGAGGAAAGAAGUCCCGCUUCAUGUUUUGCCAACUUUGUCUCUUCUCAAUCUUGAAUCCCCUCUUAAAUCAUUCACCGAUUUACAAUCCGUAUUGUACGAGGAGGAAAAAACGGCAUACCAUCAAGCAAUUUUACAAAACAUGAGGGACGGGAAAGUCCAUCCGCUGUCUUUCAUUCAUCAUACAUCAACCUAUCAAGCUUCUAUCUGCAAAUUAAUGGAAUAUUGCUUAAGUCCUGCCAUAAACGCUCUUCAGGACCGUAUAAAAGAGAAUGAAAUCCGGCUGGGUAUGCUUGCAAGUGAAGCUAAAAUUCUGGAAAAGGAAAGCACACGAGGCGUAGAUUCAAGUUCAAGUUCAAAUUCGCCACGAAACGUUUCAUCUCAUGGAGGAGGAAGUCCAAAGGAUUUGUACAGCCCGUUUGAGUCCAACAACGUGAGAUCGGUUUCUGGUUCUAGCAGCCGUAGCAGAAAAGGUUCUUAGUUUUUGAUGAUCCACCUUGUGGGUUGCAACUUUUGGUUCAUUAAUGUUGUUCUGGAAUUGUAUGAUAUCCGAAUCAUGUUUCAUCUGGCUGUAGUGAUUGGAUUGUAAAUGUCGACCCAAAUUACCUAUGUAUAUUUCUUUUUUUGGUUGGCGUUUAAAUCGUCUACUUCUAAACGUAUCUCGUGUUAUAAAACAUGAAUCAAUAGAUGUCUAUUCUAUUGUUCAACCCA